AUGCUUGGUUUUAAAGGUAUUAACAGCAUCAAAAUCCUGGUCUUUGUGGGCUUCCUGCUUACUUAUUUUGUGAUUUUGAUAGGUAAUUUUUUAAUUGUUGUCUUAGUAUCAGCAUGUCACAACCUCAAAGUCCCCAUGUACAUAUUCUUGAAGAACCUGGCUUUGGCAGAUAUUAUUUUCACCACUAACAUUAUGCCGAAUAUGCUCUACAUUAUAAUGAAAGAAGGUGGAAAUGUUUCUCUUGUUGGCUGUUUCAUCCAGUACUAUGUUUUUUGUGGAUCUACCUAUGCACAGUCUUUGAUUCUCAGUGCCAUGGCCUUUGACCGAUUCUUAGCCAUUUGCUACCCACUGCGUUAUUCUGCAGUCAUGGAUCAUAAACUCUGCCGUCAUCUGCUUACUUGGCCUUGGGUUAUCGGGUUUAUUUUAAUGUUGAUAGAAAUGGUUUCUUUGUUCCAGCUGAAGUUCUGUGGUGAAAAUGUUAUUGAACAUUUUUUCUGUGAUUUUGUGCCUAUUCUAGAUAUCUCUUCUUCUGACACCUCCUUGGUGAGGACUGAAGAUUUUGUGUUAUCCAUUAUGCUUGUAUUUGUGCCAUUUUUAUUUGUCAUGCUCACUUAUCUCUGUGUUUUCAUAUCCAUCCUCAGGAUCUCCUCAAUGGCAGGUAAGUGGAAAGCCUUCUCCACUUGCAGUGCUCACCUAGCUACCCUUUUCAUAUUUUAUGGCACGCAGAUCACUAUAUACAUGUUCCCAGUUGGUGGUAGCUCAUAUCAUGAAAACACUUUGAAGUCUUUGCUAUAUACUAUCUUCACGCCAUUUAUAAACCCCAUCCUUUAUAGCAUGAGAAACACAGAGAUCAGGAAAGGCUUCCAACUACUUUUUUGUGGAAGAAAUGCAAAAACUUAUCCUGUCCAUGGUUAA